GAGCUGGGUAACUGUAAUGCCUAGCACUUUCAGAGCUGUUGACUUUCACUGAGUUUCUUUAAUAGAAAUCCAAGAUUUGGAGUUUGCUUUCUUUUCAUGCUAAUAGCAAUCGUAAACAUUUAGACAAAUGGCAAGAACAGUUCCAUCAGUGACGGUCCUUUUUCUGAUGUUCAUGACUGCUAAAGCUUUUGAACUGGAGAUCAUACCUGGAGUCAAAGUUGCUGCUCAGAUUGGAGGUAAAUUGCUGCUGAUCUGCCGUACUUCUGGCUGUGAGUCCCCAGUUUUCUCUUGGAGAACUCAACUAGACAGCCCCCUAGGAGGGACGGUGAGCAAUGAGGGAAGCACCUCCAACUUGACCAUGAAUCCUGUUACCUUUGAGAAUGACCAUGCUUACCUCUGCAGUGCCCAUUGUGGAUCUAAGAAAAAAGAGAAGGGCAUCAAGGUUGAACUUUACUCUUUCCCCAGUGAUCCUGUCAUUAUGAUCAGCAAGCCGCUCUAUGCUGGGGAAAAGAGCAGUAUCAUUUGUAAAAUUCCUAACGUAUAUCCUGCUGACCGCUUAGUGAUACAGCUGCAGAAAGAAGGAGAACUUCCUUCCAGGAAAGAAUUUUAUGAUGACCCAAGUGACAAAACCACAGAGACAAAAUGGAUGUGGUAUCACUUUACCCCCACCAUUGAAGAUACUGGGAAAGAGAUUACUUGUAUGGCUGAAUUACCAAUUGCUGAAAUGGAGUUUGAACCCAAGAAAAGACAAACAUCAGAGAAACUGAUUGUCACUUUUGGCCCACAAAAUACUGCCAUCACCGUGUCUCCAAAUGCAACAGUGGAGGUAGGGAGCACUGUGGUUCUCUAUUGUAUGAGUGAGAGUAAUCCACCAGCAAAAAUACUUUGGGGAAAACGGCAAGAUGAUAAAAGUGUUCGGCACAUUAUGGAAAACCACACCCUUACCAUUCCACAUGCCCAGCUAAGUGAUUCGGGGCUGUACAUCUGUGAAGCUAUCAAUGCGGCAGUGAACAAAACUCAGAGAACAACAGUCUCCAUUUCUAUACAAGUUCCACCAAAAGACACAAUGCUUUUGGCUUUUCCUUCAGAUGCUGUAAAAGAAGGUGACAGUGUUACCAUCUCUUGCACAUCUACAGGCAACCCAGCUGUUCAUAUUGUCUUGAAAAAGAAAAUGGGGGAUGUGGACCAGGUGCUUGACUCUGAAGGUGGCAACUAUACCAUAGACAGGGCUCAGAUGGAACAUGCAGGAGUGUACAAAUGUGAAUCCAGGAAUGAACUAGGACAGCAGUUUCAAAACAUAACACUUAAUGUCAAAGUUCCUCCUCAAAAUACUACAGUGUUAAUAUAUCCAUCAGAAUCUGUCAAUGAAGGGGUAAAUGUCACUAUUACAUGUACAACCUAUAGUAACCCACCACCAGAGAUAAUCCUGAAAAAGGUCUAUCCAUACAAUAAAACCAUCCUGUCAUCAAAGAAUGGAACCUUUACACUAUAUAAUGUCACCAGAAAUGAUACAGGAAAAUACUUGGUUAAUGUUUCCAAUGAGGCUGGAACUGACAUUGAAGUGAUUGAGAUAGCUGUUAUAGGAAGAACAGUUGAACCAGAAUAUGUGAAGCCUGUGAUUAUUGUGCUCUCUUGUUUAUCAGUGUUGACAAUACCUGCGGUUGCAGUACUGGUCUACCAGUCAAGAAAAGGAAAGAUAAAUGGAUCCUACCAUGUUGCAAAUGCACCAGGACCAAAAGUGUAAUCAAGGGAAUAUAAGUAUUCUAACAAGCCAGUCAAGGACAAUGUUAUUUAUUAUACUGAACUCCUUUGGUUUUUUUCUAUAACACAAUGCAACUUGCAGCUGACUUUUUUAUAAUGCUACCAUAUGACCAAGACAUGGAAAAAUUGUCCAUAAAUAGCUUUUGUAUUGAAAGUGGCCAACAAAGGAUUUCUAAAAGAAUUAAAUCUGUAUAUAGUGUAUCAUUUUCUAUAUGUAUAUAUGUAUUUUAAACAUGUUGAACUAAAUGUGAGUUUGAAAAGCUGCAACAUCUUACUGUAAUUGUAUUUAGAAAUAUUGCAACUGUAUAUAUGAAUCAACAUUAUUUGAAUUUAUCCUAUAAUGACAUUUUAUUUUAUAUGAUUAUACGAAAUGAUCAUUUUAAGUACAAUAUGUUUAGUGGUGGUACCUCCUUUGUAAUGUGUACAAUGUUUUCCUCUUAUUCAUGCUAGCAUAAGUCCACUAGCUCCAACUAAGUUGUACAAUGCAAAGAGAAAGUUAAUUGGAUCCUAUGCUUCUAAUUAACUUGGCAAAUUAAAAUUUUCCAGAGUCUAUUUGAAAUGGAUAACUUUUUGAUAAAGAUGUGAUAUCUAUAAAUGUUAUUCAGUAAGUGUGAGUUUGAUAUAAAGGUACAUACAUCUGUAGUGAUAGCAUGGUAUAUUUGUAAGAGUUUUUCACUUUAAAAUGAACGGAGAGAGGUAGUUAGCCAUGUUAGGAAAUCAGACAAAAAGCAAGGUAAUGACACCUUGCAGACUAACCAAUUCAGAGAGUCAUAAGCUUUUGUAGGCAACAGCAUCUGACUGUUGCCUAUGAAAGCUUAUGUUUCUCUGAACCAGUUGUUAUGUUCUCUAGGAUGAUUCCCUGCUCUGCCUUUUGCCUCCAAAAUUGAUGGUAGGGCUUCCAUUGAAUGAACAGAAUCAGGCCCAUUAUUAAGACUAUUAGCCAUUAAUAGACACACUUUAUAAUAAUAAUAAAAAAGCAUGUUAGGAUAUUGCUAUUCAUUACAAAUGCAAUAAAGCUGUGAUAUCCAUG